GGGGCUGGAUUAUCAGUUGCUCCCCAAAUUGAAAAAUAUAGAGAAACUCUUAAACCAACUACCAAAAUUACAAAAAAGCACAAAACUGAAAAUAAUGAUGAAGAAAAAAGGUUAAAGAAGAAAGAAUAUUUGAAGGAUUACUACCAGCGACACAAAAAGGAGAAACAAGAUUAUAAUCGAAAUUAUCAACUAACGAACAAAGAUAAAAUAAAAGAAGUGAGGAAUUUUCCAAAACAAAAAGAGAAAAGUCGGAAAUAUGAUCGAAAUUAUCAACAAAAAAAUAAAGAAAAGUUAAGAGAAUAUAAAAGAAAAUAUCAUUUAAAAAGAAAAAACGAAAAAGAAAAUCCACAGAAUAAUAAUUAUUUAAAUAAAGGCAAAUCGCCAAUUGAAUGUAACGGGAGUGCUCAGGUAAAUAAUAAGGAAGGAAAUGAUAAUACUGAAGGAAAUCCACAAAUGGAUGAGGGUGUACCAAUAAAUAACUUACAAAACUUCGUUCAUGAAAAUGUUCAAUUAGAUGAUGGACAUCAAAAAGUGGAUGAUCUGGAUGAUUUGGUUGAUUUGAGUUUUUUGAACGACCCUAAUUUUUGGGAUUAUUUGAAUUCUUAA